CUUCACCGCCCUCUCAAGCAACGCACAGCAGCGCCAUUCGUGCGUGUUAAAGACGUGCUUUUGUUCGCGCUGGUUGCUGUCGCAGCACGUGUUUGUAUCUGUGUUUCAAAGAUCUGUAGGGCGAUGGCAGAACGGGUGCUUGUGAUUGGCAGUGGAGGCCGCGAGCACGCACUGGCAUGGAAACUGGCCCAGUCACCACAUGUACUGCAGGUUUUGGUCGCUCCAGGGAAUGCAGGGACAGCCGGCAGUGGAAAAAUCUCAAAUUCAGCUGUUUCUGUCAGCAAUCAUGCCAUUCUUGCCCAAUACUGCAAAGACCACAACAUUGGCCUGGUGGUGGUUGGUCCAGAAGCUCCCCUUGCUGCAGGAAUCGUUGAUGACCUGAUGGCUGCUGGAGUGAGAUGCUUUGGCCCUUCAGCAAAAGCAACACAAUUGGAAGCCAGCAAACAUUUUGCAAAAGACUUUUUGGAUAGACAUGAUAUCCCCACUGCCAGAUGGAAAGCAUUUACAGAUGCUGGGGAAGCAUGUAGCUUUAUCCAACGUGCUGAAUUCCCUGCUCUGGUAGUGAAAGCUAGUGGCUUGGCAGCUGGGAAAGGUGUUAUUGUUGCAGCUAACAAAGAAGAGGCUUGCAAAGCAGUCCAGGAUAUUAUGCAGGAAAAGGCGUUUGGUUCUGCCGGUGAAACUGUAGUUGUGGAAGAGCUGCUUGAAGGAGAAGAAGUGUCUUGCCUGUGUUUCAGUGAUGGUGUUACAAUUGCCUGCAUGCCACCAACUCAAGAUCACAAGCGUUUAUUUGAUGGGGACCAGGGGCCCAACACUGGUGGCAUGGGAGCUUAUUGUCCUGUUCCUCAGGUUUCCAAAAACAUUCUUCAGAAGAUCAGGGAAAAUAUUCUUCAGAAAACAAUUGAUGGCAUGAGACGAGAAGGAAUCCCUUACACUGGAAUACUUUAUGCUGGGUUGAUGCUGACACAAGAAGGACCAAAAGUGUUAGAGUUUAACUGUCGCUUUGGUGAUCCGGAAUGUCAGGUCAUUCUUCCUUUAUUAAGCAGUGACUUGUAUGAAUUGAUACAAGCGACGUUGGAUGGCAAGCUCUCUAAAGCCAUGCCGUCUUGGUUGGAAACCAGUACAGCUGUGACUGUGGUUAUGGCCAGUGGUGGAUAUCCAGGCUGCUACUCAAAAGGCCAUGAGAUCACAGGUUUGUCACUUGCAAAGGAUCUGGGCCUACAAGUGUUCCAUGCGGGUACUGCACGAAAGGAUGGGAAGGUUGUGACAAAUGGUGGUCGAGUUCUUACAGUAACUGCGAUCAAUAAGGACCUGAUGAGGGCAGUAAAAGAAGCCAAUAAAGGGGUAGAAACUAUUCAGUUCCAGGAUGCUGUUUACAGAAAGGAUAUUGCACAUCAAGCCAUUGCAUUCAUAAAACAAUCCAGAGGACUGACCUACAAAGACAGUGGAGUUGAUAUUGUGGCUGGAAAUGCAUUAGUCCAUUCAAUUAAGCCACUUGCAGCAGCUACCUCUAGACCAGGCUGUAAUGCUGAGCUUGGAGGAUUUGCAGGCACCUUUGACUUAAAGGCAGCUGGAUACUCUGAUCCAAUCCUAGUCUCUGGAACUGAUGGUGUCGGAACCAAACUAAAGAUUGCGCAGAUGUGCGAUAAACAUGACACGUUGGGUCAGGACUUGGUAGCGAUGUGCGUAAACGAUAUCCUGGCACAAGGAGCAGAGCCACUUUUCUUCCUCGAUUACUUUUCCUGUGCUAAACUGGAUGUGGGGGUAGCACAGACUGUGAUUGCUGGUAUUGCAGAGGCCUGUAAAAUGGCAGGAUGUGCACUAUUGGGGGGAGAGACUGCUGAGAUGCCAGGAAUGUAUUCCUCGGGGCAGUACGAUCUUGCAGGCUUUGCAGUAGGAGCAGUGGAACGUGGACAGAUGCUCCCGAAGCUGGAGCGCAUCUGUGCUGGUGAUGUCCUCAUUGGCAUUGCUUCAUCUGGACUCCAUAGUAAUGGCUUUAGCCUUGUUCGAGCAAUUCUGGAGAAGUCCUCUUUGCAGUGUUCCUCCCCAGCACCGUCCAGCUAUGGUUCUCAGACACUCGGAGAUGUGCUGCUAACACCAACUAGAAUUUAUGCUAAGGCCUUGCUGCCUAUUCUGCGUCAGGGGCACGUGAAAGCUUAUGCUCAUAUUACUGGAGGUGGACUGCUAGAAAAUAUUCCCAGAGUUCUUCCAGAAAAUCUUGGUGUUACAUUAGAUGCAUCACUUUGGAAGAUUCCUGAAAUUUUUUCAUGGCUGCAAAGAUCUGGCAGCCUUUCUGAAGAAGAAAUGGCUCGCACCUUUAAUUGUGGAGUUGGAGCUGUGCUCAUCGUGGACAAGGAGAAUGCUGAAGACAUCCUGCGAGAUGUACAAAGCUGCUACGAGGCAUGGACCAUUGGAAGUGUUGUGCCGCACAAAACAGGCUGUGAAAAGGUAGCAAUUAAAAAUCUCAUGAAAACACUACAUUUAAGCCAGCAGUUGGAUGAAAGUGCUGCAGGUGGUGACUUAUCACAAUGUGAAGGGCAGACUCAUAAAAUGAGAGUGGGUGUUCUUAUCUCUGGAACAGGGACGAACCUUCAGGCCAUCAUAGAACACACAAAGGAUCCUACCAGUCGUGCAGAAAUAGUAAUUGUUAUCUCCAACAAAACUGGCGUAGAGGGACUGAAGAAAGCAACGCGAGCUGGCAUUCCUACAAGGGUGAUUGACCACAAAUUAUUUGGAAGUCGUUCUGAAUUUGACAGCACUGUCGAUCAGGUGCUUCAGGAAUUCUCUGUUGAACUGGUUUGCCUUGCCGGAUUUAUGAGAAUCCUCUCUGGUCCCUUUGUCAAAAAGUGGAAUGGUAAGCUGUUGAAUGUCCAUCCAUCACUGCUACCAUCUUUCAAGGGAGUUAAUGCUCACAAACAGGUACUACAGGCUGGCGUACAGGUGACUGGCUGUACUGUGCAUUUUGUGGCUGAAGAAGUUGAUGCCGGAGCAAUAAUUGUGCAGAAAGUAGUGCCAGUAAAGGUGGGGGAUACUGAAGAGACGCUGUCUGAAAGAGUGAAAGAAGCUGAGCAUGUGGCAUAUCCGGCUGCUAUCCAUCUGGUAGCCAGUGGAGCAAUAUGUUUGGGAGAAGAUGGGAAGAUUUGCUGGAAAGCACAGAACUCCAGCUGAAGCCAAGCAACAGGGGCUCAUUGGGAUUUGUUACAAAAACCAUUAAUGUUUUACAAACUGUACCAAAUACAAGUCCACAUUUGGUUUGUUUUCAGUAUCUCUUUGGCACAUUCCACACCAGCUGUGAGUCCCAGAGAAUCCCCUAUGUAUUAAAUUGUGCCCAUUUUGAUAUUGUUACUUGAAACAGGUUAUCAGUAGUAGAAUGACUUGCCAUUUUAACAGAGAAGAACUUUCACAGACUGCAACAGAAAACUUCAGAAAAGAGGAAAAAAACAAAUUGCACAUUUUUUUUGUGGUAAUAAAACUUUUACAGAGACGA